AUAUAACAGGAUUCAGUACACUGUUGUUGUGAGGCUGAUCCAAAUCCUGCAAAGUUUGUAGAAAUAGGAUUGCUUUGUGCAUUUGAUUGAACCUCGUGCAGGAGACUAUGAUGACGAGCCUUGCAGAAACGACAGGUGAACUUCGAUUUGCAAUCAGGCGUUUCAUGAUUUUGGCGAAGACAAUUCUUGUAACAUUUCAGACUGCUAACGAAUGCUAUGCGAUAUUCUACGGAGAUGUUGCAAAAAUUAAAACAGUCAGGCAGAUCAUGUUGUUCAGAACGGACAAUAUCGUGGUGGACUUUGGUAUCUGGCUGUCCGAGGAGUUGGAAAAGGUGAUUUUAUGUGCUUGGGGAAAUUGCUGGAAUUUCUGUUAUGUGGGCUUUCAGUAUGUAGAAAACUCGAAGUUCUGUACUUUGGUGAUCCACGACUUGGAAAUUGUGAGUGCUGGUACUAAGUUUUGA